AGCGAUAUAUUCAACGCCGUUACCGGUGCUGUGGGUGAAUACGGUGGCUUUGAAAAGCUGUCAGCUGUUGUUACGGAUGGCGCACCUGCGAUGCAGGGAAGACACCGAGGUUUCGCCGGGCUACUCAGGCAGAGCGGAGUAAACUGCCCUAUACUGCACUGCAUCAUCCAUCAGGAAGCCCUCUGCGCAAAGACAUUAAACUUUGGCCACGUCAUGGAUUUGGUGACAAAAGUCACUAAUAUCAUCAGAGGAGGGAACAGAUCGCUAUGUCACCGGAGGUUCAUCACCUUUCUGGAUGAAGUGGAUACCGAGUAUGGGGACUUACAACUUCAUACGGAUAUCAGGUGGAUGAGUCGAGGAAAGUGUCUGGAGCGUUUUUUUGCACUGCGCUCGGAAAUACCAGCGUUCUUGGAGAACAGCAUUAGUGGCGAUGCAAGUGCAUACUGCGGAAAGCUAAAAGAUACAAAGUUUCUUUGUGACAUGGCCUUUCUGACAGACAUCAGCGCGCACCUCAAUCACCUCAACACACUCUUACAGGGGAGAGAUCAAACAGUGUGUGAUCUCUAUUCUCACAUGACCGCAUUUCAGCGCAAACUUGGGCUCUUCAUUGAUGGCUUUUCUUCCCCUCCUGCAAAUCUGGCACAUUUUCCCGCAUGCGCUGAGAUUCGCAAAGAGAGCCCCCAGUGCGAAAUACAAAUCCAGAAAUACAGAGCAGACCUUGAAAAAUUACAGGAGCAAUUCAACAAUCGUUUCCAAGAUUUUCACGAGAUGCAACCACGAAUUGCGCUAUUCACAGACCCCCUUUCUGCUGCGGUUAGCGCACAACCAUCGGAGCUGCAGCUCGAACUCUGCGAGCUGCAGGCAGACCCGUUUUUUCAAGCAAAGCGCAACGAGAGGGGAAUUUCAUUUUGGAGACUUCUUCCUGAAGCCCGUUUUCCACGUCUCCGAGAUUUUGCCCUUUCAAUGGCCAGUAUGUUUGGGAGCACUUACAUUUGCGAGAGCAGUUUUUCCACCACGAAGCACAUAAAAUCCAAAGAGAGAAACAGACUCACCGAUGAAACACUGUUUCAUUUGAUGCGCAUUGGGACCACAAAAAUUGACAUUGACAUCCAAUCCAUUGUGAGCCAGCAGGCCAAACCACAGGUCUCUCAUUAGCCUUUAUUAAUGUUGGGCCUCUGUGGUCUAGUUUUUUACUAUUAUUGAAUGUGAGCUAUUUGCAAUCAGUUUUUUUUUUUACUUUUUUGUUCUUUGUUAUAAAUGAGUUCAGUUUUGCACUUUUUUAAAGCAAAUGUUUUGUCUUUGUUUCUUAUAGACAUG